UCUUGCAACCCUCUCUCUCUUCCUAACGUCUCUCCAUUUUCAGUUUUCAGAUCCAGCGCUUCUCAAACCUCCCGGAUUUACCGUGCCUAACAUAUAUCUCAGAUCAAUCCAACCACCAAAUAAUAGAGUUGAUGGUGAUAGUUUAGUCCCUUUCAUAUCUACUCCUUUUUUGCCAUCUUUGUCUCUUGCCUUCAUAAUUCACAUCUUCUUUAUUUCCCCUCCUCAAUCACCAAUUUUCCACCACUUUCUAGGGAAAAUGGGUGACAGCUUCUCCGAUUUCUUUGACGACCCAGAACUUGCCGAAGAUGAUUUGCUGAGUAUCUUCGAGAGUUUAGAAAGUUUUGAGCAAUUUCCUCCGGUGACACCCUCUGAAGACAACAAUGGAGAGGUGGGUAGAUUGGUGUCGCAGAAGUCCAAUUCUUCGUUUCAAGAAUCGGAGAGUGAGCUCGAAAGUUGGCCGAAAAGCAAGAGACAGAAAGUUGCAAGUAAUGGAGUAGCUUCUUCGGACCAAGAAGGAAACCAAGAUGGACAACAAAGGAUGUCUCAUAUAACCGUGGAGCGUAACAGAAGAAAGCAAAUGAACGAGCACUUGUCGAUUUUAAGGUCACUCAUGCCUUGUUUUUAUGUGAAAAGAGGAGAUCAAGCAUCGAUAAUUGGAGGAGUUGUUGACUACAUCAAUGAGUUGCAACAAAUUCUACAGUCACUUGAGGCCAAGAAGCAAAGAAAGGUUUACAGUGAAGUUCUAAGCCCUAGAAUUGUUUCAAGUCCAAGAGUUCUCUCACCACUUAGCCCUAGAAAACCACCAUUAAGUCCAAGACUUAACCUUCCAAUAAGCCCAAGAACCCCAACACCCACCAGCCCAUACAGGCCUAGGUUGCAACCACCGCCAGCAGCAGCAGCAGGUUUUAACCUUUCACCAUCUCCAACUGCUUCUUCUUCAUCUUCCUCCAUUGAAAAUGAACUAGUUGCAAAUUCCAAGUCUGCCAUUGCUGAUGUGGAGGUGAAGUUCUCUGGACCUAACCUUGUGUUGAAGACUGUCUCUCCUAGGAUUCCUGGUCAAGCUGUCAAGAUAAUCUCAGCCCUUGAAGAUCUCUCACUUGAAAUCCUACAUGUCAACGUUAACACUGUUGAUGAAACCCUGCUUAACUCUUUCACUAUCAAGAUUGGAAUUGAAUGCCAACUUAGUGCAGAGGAGCUUGCACAACAAAUCCAGCAGACAUUCUGCUAAUUAGGUUACAAGUUCCAAGUGAUCAUCCCAAUCUAACAAUUGAAUCUGCCGAUAUCUCACUGUUUCUUUAAUUUCUAGUCAAUUAAUUGUACCAAUAAAAUAGGAUGCACGAGUAGUUGAGAUUCAUUUCUCAUAGCUAGCAUUCCUAUAUCAUACUGCUAAUUAAUGUUAUCAUUUUAGAUUAGUUCAUGACCUGUUUUAGACUUUUAA